AUGUCACCUGCCGUGGGGCGGCCGAUGCCGGCAGCACUGCCGCAGGAGCGGGGCUCAGGGCUGCGUCCCCGGCGAGGCAAGCUGCCACCGAGCCCGGCCCCGGCCCCGCGGCGCCGCGGAGGGGCGGUCCCGGGGCGGCGCCGCAGCGCCCAGCGCGCCGCGGGCAGCAGCCGCGGGAGACGGGCGCCGGCUCCUCCUUCUCCCUUUCCUCCUCCUCCUCCCUCGGCGCCGGGGUGGGCUCGCCCGCGGCAGUCGGGCGGUGGGGUCCUGCCGUGCCGUGCCCCGUGUGCCAUGGACUGGCAGGUGCUGACCAGGGAGCUUUCCCUCUACCUGGAGAGCCAGGUCCGCGUGGGGUUCUUCGGCUCCGGCGUGGGCUUGUCCCUGGUACUGGGUUUCGGUGUCGCCUACGCCUGCUACUACCUCAACAGCAUCGCCAAGAAACCCCAGCUGGUGGCAAGCAAUGACCGUUUCUGCCGCUUUCUUGAGGAAUAUUGCCCUGUUGUGACAGAAACUUACUAUCCCACGAUUUGGUGCUGGGAAGGUCGGGUACAGACACUCCUGCGCCCCUUUAUCACAUCUAGACCCCAAGUGCAGUACAGGAAUGAGCUCAUUAAAACAGCAGAUGGAGGACAGAUUUCGUUGGAUUGGUUUGAUAAUAAUGACAGCUCAUAUUAUCCAGAUGCCCACACAAGACCCACUGUCCUGUUAUUGCCUGGCCUGACAGGAACAAGCAAGGAAUCCUACAUUCUUCAUAUGAUCCAUCAAAGCGAAACACUGGGAUAUAGAUGCGUGGUUUUUAACAAUCGGGGAAUUGCUGGCGAGGAGCUUUUGACACCAAGGACUUACUGUGCAGCUAACACAGAGGAUUUAGAGACUGUUAUUCAUCAUGUGCACAGCUUGCACCCUUCAGCUCCAUUUAUGGCAGCAGGUGUUUCUAUGGGAGGCAUGCUUCUUUUAAAUUAUCUGGGAAAAACUGGCAGAGACACUCCUUUAAUGGCAGCUGCAAUUUUCUCUGCGGGUUGGAAUGUUUUUGAAUCUAUAGAAUCUCUGGAGAAGCCACUAAACUGGCUUCUUUUCAACUAUUACUUGACCACUUGUCUACAAUCCUCUAUCAGCAGGCAUCGACAAAUAUUGGAGAAAUUAUUUGAUAUGGAUCUUGUGAUGAAGGCUAGAACUAUUAGAGAAUUUGAUAAGCAGUUCACUUCAGUCAUGUUUGGCUACCGUUCAAUUGAUGAUUACUAUGAAGAUGCUAGCCCAUGUCGCAAGCUGAAGUCAGUAGGAAUUCCAGUGUUAUGUCUAAACUCUGUGGAUGAUGUUUUCUCACCAGGUCAUGCUAUACCAGUAGAAACUGCCAAACAAAAUGCAAAUGUUGCUUUGGUUCUGACUUCGUGUGGAGGCCAUAUCGGUUUUCUGGAAGGAAUAUGGCCGAGGAAGUGCACUUACAUGGACAGAGUCUUCAAGCAGUUUGUGCAAGCUGUGUUUGAGCAUGGAAAUAAAAUCUUUAGCAUAUAGCUUUGGACCACUGUUAUAAUACAGUGGCACAUUCUGACAAGGGCAGUUAAGCUUAGUGCACAAAUUUUAACUCCUGUAAGCCAGCAAAUGGAUAAAGUCUAUUACUACAUGCAAAAAUAUUUUUGCCUAAGAUUUUGUAGCAAGAAACUAAAUAUUAUGUUGUCACUUUUAUAUUUAUUUUUAAUAUGCCUUACUAAGAAUGACCUUAAAUGAAACAGUGUUCUGCAUACAUCAAAUUGCACUUAACCAAAACUAUCAAGUAGAGAGAUUAUAAUUCCUCAGGAUUUUAAUUUAAACCAGUAUGUAUUUAGGAAACUUUAUUUAGAUGGCUUUUACUAUUGGAAUGGCAACACUCAAAAUAGCUUAUAUUAUCCUGUCACAUAUAGUACCAGUUGGCCCAUUCCUUAGAGCAAAGUACUGAGUCUUCAAAUAAGUUGAAAUUUCAGCAUGUUAUUCCACAGCAUUAGAUUGAUACCUGCUUUUGCUGUUCUGCCCUGAGAGUAUUCAGAUUUAGGGCCGUUUAUUGGUUUUUAAACUAUGUCAAUGCCAUACUUGUCUUACAUGGUUAUUUUUUAAAGAGCUAAUUUAUAGUAUUUACAUAUAACCAAAAGAUUCCUUUAAAACAGUACUGUAAUAACUUAUGUAAUUAAAAGACAUUUUGCAUUUCAGAGUUUAUGUGAAGCUGGGUGUUAUCACAUAAGUAAGUAACACAUAUUUCAUAUAACUAGCAAACUCGGUGAUUGAACCUGCUAUUUAUAUUACCUUGCAAGAACAUUUCAGUUUCAAAGAAUAAAUAUUAGAGAAUCAAGAAAUUAUUAUAUGCUCUAGAUUAAAAAAGAAAAAUUCAAAGCUUUUGUCUCCAAUCAUUUCUGAAAAGAAUGAAACAAAUUGUUUAAAGAAAGUUGGGAUAGAGGUCAGAGUCAUGCCUCUGGUUUAUUUGAUCAUUUGUCACCAUUUUGGCAGUAGGCUGUCAAAUCACUGAAGCCACUGGCCAGCAUGGAGAAAGGACAGUUGGACAGAAUGUAUUUUGAAACUGUUGGGAAGCCCUAAUUUAGGGCAUACUGAAAUUUAGAACAGGCCCUUAAGCAGCAUCUGUGGAGCUCCCAUCUUUUGCUGAUCACUGAUUUGGGUCUAGCCACAUACAAGAAGUCAGGAAAGAUGCCUCUGCAUUUUUAUUUUUGUCUUUUGAGAGGGGUCAGUACAAGAAGAAAAUGCAGCUAAAAAAAGCAACUCAGGUUUUUUGUCUCAAGCAGUACGUGAACACUCCUCUUGCAAGGCAUGUUUCCUAGUAACAGCAAAAGAAGAACAAAAAUACUUUUUGUCUUUAGGAAAAGAAAUUAGGACAUGCUAUAAGAGAGCUGUUUUGUAAGGUGGAUGGUUGAAUUAAGAAAAUUGAAAAAUGCUUUAAAGUCUUGAGUUUUCAAACAGGCACUUCCCCAAAACUCUUAUUUUUUCUCUAAUAAGAAAAAUUAGGAAAGUUUGCAAGACCAAAAUUAAUUUUUUUGCAUGCUACAAUACAGAAAAAUAGUAUAUUAGUAGGGUGCCUUAUUUAUUCUUGUAUUCAUUUCCAGGUUUUAUGUUCAUGCAAAAAAGAGCAAUAAACAAUGUAUUUAGUGUUAUAUUUGUAAAAUUGUUUAGGUACAGUACUGUUCAAAAUUCAGCAUAAAGUAUUAAUAAAAAUAGAACCACUUACAUUAAAUAACACUUUACUGUUUAAAUAAAAGUAUUGUGAUUACUGCUAGAA